GUCGGUCGCACUAUGACGCAGUAGAAGGCCGCGAUUCUAGAAAGGGAGUGAGUGCGAGGUGGUGUUCAAAUUGUUCAACAAUAAUCAUCAACAAUGACUACUCAACAACCCUGAGACAAGAGCCAAUGCUAUCAAAAUGUCGGCAGACUCGCCUAGAAGAGGGUUGCACAAGGGUGCCCAAGUGAUCUCGCCCCAGCCAAUAAGCGACAGAUCAAUAAUCGAUAGUGUAGCUGGCAUAAUAAACGACAUAGUGCCCCAAGCCUACACGAGUGUCCCGAGCUCAGACAACCGCGAGACCAUAACAUGGGCGAGAUUCGAGUACGGUGACGUGAAUGACCCAUCCCUCUUCCCGGAUUACAUCGAGGGCUCCAGCACUCCCCCGUUGCUCCUCGUCCUGGGCUAUGCAACAGGCGUACAAGUCUGGAUAAUAUCGGCAUCGGGCGAGGCGACGGAGGUGUUGUCCUGGAGGCAGGGAGUCGUGCGCACCCUGAGACUUCUCCCCGAUCCGCUGACGGAUGAAGAUCACCUCGACCCUUACGAGAAGAAACGGCCGAUCGUCGCCAUCUGUGACUCGGCUGGGCCAGGGCCGCAGUUCUGCAGUGUCAGCUUCAUUUCACUGAAGACUGGAGAGCAGACGAAGAGCAUCAAGUUCAAAAAUCCCGUCUGCGAUGUCCUGGCGAACAAGAGAUCGGUUGUUGUCACAUUCGCGGAGAGAAUCGCUGUCUUUGAUGCCAGGACUUUUGACGACGUUUUGACGGUCACCACUUGCUAUCUGAGCCCCGGACCCAAUCCUAAUCCUGUGGCGCUGGGAACGAGAUGGCUCGCUUAUAGUGAGAAAAAAUUAUUGCCAGCGCGUCGCAGCAGUGGAGGCAGUGAAGGCGAGGGUGUCCAAAGUUACACAGCGGCUGUCUUGUACGCAGCAAAAUCCCUGGGGAAGGGUCUCCGAGGUCUAGGUGAGACAGUGGCCUCGAGCUUAACCGGGACGACAGCGGCCCCAAUCCCCAUAAACAACGCUGCAGCUGACAUCACCCAGCCCGGAGUCAUAACAAUCCUCGAUCUCCAAGCAGCUAAGGAGGAAAAAGAGCUCGACGAUCCAACAAUCGAGACCGUUGUCGCCCACUUCACAGCGCACAGCGACGCAAUUGUCGCGAUGACAUUCGACGAGACAGGUGCCAUCCUCAUGACAGCUGACCGCAGGGGCCACGACUUCCACGUUUUCCGGAUACAGCCGCAUCCUGGUGGACCAACCCUAGCCGCAGUGCAUCAUCUUUAUGUUCUUCAUAGGGGUGAUACGACGGCCAAAGUCCAGGACAUGGUCUUCUCCAGCGACACUCGAUGGGCUGCUGUGUCCACUGUCAGGGGGACGACCCAUGUGUUCCCAGUGGCACCCUAUGGGGGACCUGUCGGCAUGAGGACCCACUCGACACCUCACGUCGUCAACAGACUCUCCAGAUUUCACAGGAGUGCUGGCUUGACUGACGAUGGAACAAGAUCACAUUCACCAGUUUCACACACCGAAAUGCCUAUUUCUGCGUAUCCUUACUCCAAUCCGAGACUUCCUCCGUAUCCACAUCCAACUAUUCUGCAUCCACUUGCGCAGAUACGCCAACCGUCGACACUUAAUCAUAGUAAUAAUCAGACACAGCCGAGUCGACCUCAGCAGAGGCAACGCUUGCAUUCAGACGACAAUGGUACAUUACCAUUGAAAAUCUGCGCCUGUUUCGCACCACCACGAGCUUGGAUAUACUCCCAACGUGAUUCCACAAGCAAAGUAUCAAAACGUGCUGUUGAUUCAUUGUUCAUAAUGGCAUGUCAUGGUAAUAUGAUUCAGUACGACUUAGAACCAAAACCAGCUGCGGGCAUCCCAAAAGAAAAAGUCUGCGACGACACGAUGAUAGAACUGGAGGUGGAGGCCAAGGGCCAGUGGCCCUUGCUCAGAAUACCGAAUUCCCUGGAGAUAAUUCCCCCACUGCCAUCAUCGAGUCCACUGUUGUGCUACUCGGGGUGCCCCAAGAGUGCGAGGCAGAUGGACACUGCUGAGGAUCGUUGGUUGAGUCAAGUGGAGAUAGUGACCCACGCUGGACCCCACAGGAGACUGUGGAUGGGGCCACAGUUCGUGUUCAAGACUUACAACGCACCCAGUGGAGUGAAUUUGGUGGAGUCUGAGGCUGUGGAAAUCGGUGUCACUGGUGGAUCACGACCGGCGAGGUCGAACCCUGUUAACAUGCCUCAUGCAGCUGCCAGACCUCUAGUGCCAGUUGUUAUUGAUGGGUCUGGAAGCAGUUACGAGCAAUCCCCAAGAUUCAUGGAAGCCUACGGGGAUUCCCUGGAGAACGAAACCAUGGACAUGGGUAACGGUGAGAAUCAGCUCCGCGAAGACCUCGCCGAGGCCAUGCUGGAGACCUCAGCUGCCCCCAACCGUGUUCCAGGGAGGCGAUUGGUAGUUGAGAGGGUGGGACAGCCGGUGACAAAAGUCGUCAACCCCCUGGGCACGGUGAUAACAGUAAUGGCCGACGAAGAAGACGCGUCCUCUUCUCAGGAAUUUGAUGACGAUAGAAUAGCGGAGGCCCCUAGAAGCGUAUGCGCCGAGGAGGGGCCAGCAUCCCUCAACGAUUUCGAUACAGACGUCAAUCCACUCCGUAAUUUAACCGAAAUAUGCGCUGAAAUGCGUUCAGCAAGUGAGCCAGCUAUUGACAGUGUACCUGACGACGACAUACGCGAUGUCAAAGAGCACAAGCAAUUGUGCGUCGAGGCAGCAACAAUGACACCCGACAGCUGCGUAAUUGACUACGAGCGAGGUGCAUUCAGAGAUGUGCCAACGAGCCUGAGUCUCUGCGCUGAGCAAGGUGAGAUACCAAGGAGUCCAAUGACACUGGCAAGGGAAAAUUCAUGGAUAAAGAGAUCGCCAAAGCGCGAGGACGAUGUGCAUGAGAGAAGCAUUGCUGCUGCUAAAUACGUCGUCAAUUACGACGACGAUAGUAUUGUACUUAUGGAGAAUAAGACAGCUGAGUUAGAUAAAUAUUGUGAUGAGCCUGAGCCAGAGAAGGUGACCAAGAGACCGGGGAUAAUUGUCCCCAAGCGAAACAAGAAGAGCGCAGAGGGGCCCAAGUACCUUCUGCAGGAGCACGAGGACAGCGUGAUAAUCGAGGACACGAGUGGCCCUCGAGUAGAAGCCAAGAAGCUCGAUGUGAAGCUUGAGAAGACCGACGUCAAGACAGAUCAGCGAAGGGCAAAAAAAGAGGUGAUGGAGAGAGCUGGCGAGGCUGAAGCCAUGAUCGUGGAGAGGCUUGACCAGACGAUCGACAACUUCGUCGAGCUGAAGGCCCUCGAAGCCCUGGCCGACGAGGACCAGCCACCGGAGCCGGAACCGAUGGACGCCUCAGUCUCCAGCCUCUGCAAGAUGAAUCUACCCCUCGAGCUGCCGACCCUCGACGACUUCAACUGCAUGGACUACCACAUCAUCGAGCCCAACGUCUUCACCAAGGAGACGUAUCACGUGUCUGACGACGACAUCGAGCACAUCAGCUCUGAGGUUGUUCUUGAGCUCGUGGAUGCCAAGCUCGAGCGCUUUGAGAAGCUCGACAGCAUCCAGGAUUACGAGGUGUCGCCGGUGAGGCACAGAAAGAGCAGCAAGAGCACCAUUUCCGACGACGACCUCGAGCACAUCCAGGCGUCUGAGAUAACGGAGCUGUUGGAGCGAGCCAAGUCCUUCGCGAUGGAGCGAGCCGAGGACUUGGGGAAGAAGGGAGUCCUGUCUGACGACGACUUGGAGCUCGUCCCCCCGCUGGAGGGACCGGCCUCCCCGGCCCUGGGGCUGUCGCCACCUCCAGGGGACAGCAAGUCCCCAGAGCCUCUCGACAAGCCACCGCCAGUGAGGUCUCGAGGCUCGAGGAAACGGAAAGACGUCGUUGUCAUCGACUCCGAUCCCUCAGAGGCCGAGGUAACUGUCAUCGUCAAGUCCCUGGGGGCACCUGGGCCCUGGAGAAAGAGCAAGAGCCCCGACAAGGACCUCACCGAGGAGAUCGACAGGUGCAGCGAGCCCAAGUCCGAUCAGAACUCGUCGCAGAGUCUCCCCAAGAAGACGAGGGUCAGAACACCCAAGACGCCAGCCCAAAUUCCCAAGGUUCCGAGUGUCAUCGAGAUCAUUGAUAUCGAUGCUAUGCAGAAGGCUGAGAUGGAGAUUGCUGGGGCACCAGCGCCAGAGUGCAAGAUCCUGGAGGGCUGUGGGGAGAUGUCGAUGAGGAUGAAGAAGUCGAGGAGGAAGAAGGUGCAGCUUGCCGAGGGGGUGGCAGCUUCCAAGGGGGACGAGGCUGAGGGGAAUUGGGAGAGUGUUCGCAAGCCCAGGGUGGAGGAGCAGAGGGAGGUGGGACGUGUGGAGGAGGAGGGAAAGGAGAACAGGGAGAUGAACGAGGGCUUGGUGCAGGCAGACAGCAAGGGGUCCAGGAGGAGGGGAAAGAAGACAGUUAACUCGGUCACUGGGGUCAGCUCUGGCUCAGGAGCAGAACAUGUUGAGGGCUGUGGGGCGGAGAGGGGCGGGGGAGAGAAGGGGGCGAAGCAGAGUGACUCGGAGCAGGAGAAUCAGCCUGAACGCUCGAGCUCGUCUGAUGAUCUCAAUGCUAAUGUAGUGCCUAUGGAUACUGAGGAGGACAGUGGUGUUAAAGAUGUCAAUGAUAAGGGUAACUCGACGGCGUCGCCAUCUUGGUCGACUGUUUCGAAGAAGAAUUGUAGGUCGAAGAAGAAAAAGAGGAGAUGAGUGGAGGAUUGCGUAGACAUGCCUAGGGCGAGCCUUGCUCUUUAUAUUCUUCUCAUGCAAGU